AGCUAUCGCCAUGCAUACUCCUUCAGGCAAUUGCUUCUCCUACCUUUUUCAUAAUUUUUCUGCACUACGUGUGGCAAAGGUGUCUGGCCCGAUUAAACCAUGGUGUUUCGUGGUAAACCAAGUGGUGGCUGCAGCCGUUGCAGGUCCCGAAGACUGAAGUGUGACCAAAAAACCCCAUCUUGUUCACAAUGCAUCCGUGCCGACCAGAAAUGCACGGGGUAUCGCGACCUAACAGCAUUAAUGUUUGAAAACCAGAGCGAUGAUGUGAUCCGCAAAGCCAAGCGGAUUCACAUCAAGGCCGCUCUAUCUCGACAGAAACUAUACGAAAGCGAGCAGAGAUACCGUCGUUUACAGCAAAGUCCGCAAUCGCAGCAACUGACAACGCCAAUAGAUGACGAAGCAGCAUGCUUUGUCUAUGGCAAUUAUAUUCUCGAUGGAAAGUCAGCAAAUCACUAUAGCUUUAUCGAACAGUUACUGCCUUCGAAUGGUGACUCUGCAAUACGAUCAGCUAUGAAAGCAGUAGGACUUGCGGCAUUAGCGAACAUCAAGACGGCCCCAAACCUAAUGCGAGCCGCGCGAGAAGAGUACACAACUGCUUUGGCUCAUACAAACCAAGCCCUUAGAGAUCAAUCACUCUCCAAAGAGGACUCAACUUUAGGAGCAGUGAUUUUGCUGGGCAUGUUUGAGAUUAUGACAUGUAACGGCUCCGGAUCAAUGCAACGAUGGAGAAAUCAUGUUGAAGGCGCAGGCAAGUUGAUUGAAUGGCGUGGAGAAGAGCAGCUGCGCAAUCUACGUGGUCUUUCCAUGUUUAGACACCUGAAGAUCUCAAUAAUAACGAACAAUAUAUACACAGGAAAGCCUACCUCAUCAUUUCUGACGCACCUAUGUCAGGUCGCUUCAGAGAUCGAGACAAGCGAAACAAGAUUCAUCGAUAAAUUCAGCAACAUUGCCGUCAGAUUCAGCAACUUCUGUGCUGCUGUAAAGAACGGCGAGCUUACAGAGCCAUGGUCCAUACUUGAGGCUGCUCUAUCGGUAGAUAAUGAUCUUAUUAGAUGGUCGUCUACGCUUCCUUCCUUCUUUUCAUACAGGACAGUUCCCGUAGAUAGAGACCUCGACACUCAAGUGCAAGUGCAGGCACGGGUUGUGUAUGGAGAUCAUUACCACAUUUAUAAUAACUUGAGUGCGGCUAUGGUCCUAAAUAAUUACCGCGCUCUGCGAAUGGUCGUUCACGAGUACAUUUCUGGGUAUGCUGGAGAGAUCCAACAACUGAAACAUCAGUUUCUCGGCGCAGCCAUGUUACCAACAAAUGAGUACUCGAAACUGAAGAGCCAAAGCGAUGAAAUCGCCAAACACCUCGUGGCUGGAAUCUGUGCCAGCGUGCCUUACCACCUAGGCGCUGUGGGCAAUGCGGUUCAAAAUAACACACACAUUGAUCCUCGGAACUCCCCGCAUGGAGCCCUCGGUGGUUAUGCGCUCAUUUGGCCUUUGUAUCUUGCUGCGGACCGUGCCAUAUCUCCUCCUUCUUUGAAACGAUGGGCCAUCAUGUACAUGGAUAGGAUUGGCUAUAGUAUGGGAAUAAACCAAGCCCUCGCCAUGUCCGUUCUAUUGAAUCGAGGCUUGCCCUCGCGCACCCUCUUGGAUACUGAGAUGGAGAUACCAUUGGGCCCUGACAUGCCAUCCGAAGAAUCUUCUGAUUGAGAACCAUGAACUCCAAGGUUUAUAUAUAUCUAUGCAUUUUGGUCUUUUAGGUGAUAUGACUGUGACAACUUUGGCGAAACCUUUCCCUGCUUGUACGAAUGUUAUAAAAGUGGAACAUUCUCCAUUAGAAUUAAUUCAAGGGACAAUGAGCAAAAAAGGGAAUUUCUGAGAGCGUGAUAGAAUGUAAAAAGACUAAUGUGACGAGAAUGAAUUGAUGGGGGAAAUGUUUGUAUCUAGUAAGAUCGACACUUGUGAACAGCUUGUUUGUUUUCGGAUUAUUUCCAGAUUUGAAUAAUGAAUUCUUUCAAAUGAC